CAAAGUCUUAAAUACUUUAGUAACAAAACUUGAAAGAAAUAAGCUUCCUUUUGUGUUCUCUUAAUAAGAACACAGUAUUUGCAAGCUGACCGAUUAAUGAUUAAUCAUAAAUGCAUGAGCAUACAUGUCCGUAGGUGUUGUGGCAGUGAGUCAGGGGAGACAGGUCACCAGUCUGAGGGAGUAAUUGAGAGCAAAGUGGGGGAGGAAAAGUGCCAUGUGUUUUUCCAAUGACUGAGAGAGCAAGGAUGUGUAAGAGAUCGAGGAUGAAUGAUGAGUUCAAGCUCUCCCAGCUGUAAUUCUGUUUAAAAUGCAUUCUACGCAAAACACUGCUGUGUCGUCUCCCCCUCCCCACAGCACUCUCUCUCUGCUUUAUUUGCUGUCUGCUGUUCUAAUCAGAUAGAAAAGCUUUUCUGUGCAGCGGUGUGGAAGUGGAGCUCUUUCUGCAGGAGAGCUGAGCUAUGCCAAACAGAGACAGCUACAAAUCACACCCUCUGAAUGCUUCAGGGGGAUUCUGUCUGCAACAGAGAGAGACGAUCUUUGUAUGAAGUGACUCUCUUCUCAUCUUUUAUGAUCCUUCAAAAAUCAUUGCAUGUCGUCUCAAACCAGCCUACAUCAUCAAACUGUGCGUGCAUAAGGGUCUGAGUUUCAAUCUAAAAAACAAACUCAACAUGACUAUCACCAUUCAGAACAUUACAGCCACCUCUGCCAUCGUGAGCUGGCCAUCAUCUCCAGGCUGCGUGGACACGUUCUACAGCGUCAUGUAUCACCCUAACUGGAACAGCCUGCUGAUGGGUUACACACGCAAGAGCUUCUUGCGGGAGGACAGGGUUCCCGUAAGCCAGACGUCCACCAGUCUGGGCAACCUCAGUCCACAGACCACUUACAUCCUCUGCGUCACCUGCCAGUCUGCCAACCCCACCAGAGAGCAGUGCCAGGUCUUCAGUACCCUAGAUGAGGGCACUGAGCUCGGAGAGAGCGGCAGGGAGCUGGCGAUGGGCAUCUGGCUUGCCAGCAGCAUCCUGUUGCUGAUCAUUGCUGUGGCUCUGCUUUGGGGAUGUCUGCACACCAUGUGUCCAGCCAAGAGGGACCCAGAAAGAGGCAGCCAGUCAGGUCCGAACCCUCCACACCUGGCUCUGACCCCCAUGGGUGGGAACAUGGGAAGCGAAGGAAGAAAAAGUCUGUACACGGCCGGUUGUGGCGGGGAAGACUCUCAGAACGCAACGGUGAUUGAAAAUCCUUUCCGAGCCGAGCACGGCAGAGAAAUGGCAAAAGUGCAGGGUUGUGAACUUCGAACUCCAAGUAAUAAACAGAGUUUUGGCCCCGGGUCAGAAUAACUAGGGCACCAAAUUGUUACUUUGAGGCACUGACCCCAAAAAUUCAAACUAUUAGAACUUACACAAUUUUGU